UAUAGUUCCAUUUAUCUAUGUGAUUAAGUGCUGUGAUUUAUUGCUGUUUGGAUUUGGUGUAUCUUGUUUCUUGAAUGAAAUGAAAAUCCUUGAUUAAAUUUGUUUCAGACCACAACGGAAAUUUUCUUUAUUGCUAACCAGCUCAUGUUACUUUUCUUUUGGACAUGCACUGUAGUAGUACCAAAGAUUCUAUGUGGUCAUCUCGACCCCACACCAAAUUCACAUGAUUUGAUUUCACCGUGCAUUUCUACACACACCCACAUUGAUGUGUGAAUACUCAUGUUAUUGUUGCUUUGGAUUGUCCCAUCUUAAUGUUUAGCCAUGUGGUUAGGGAUAACUUGAGAUUUUGUAGUUUGUUUAAUUAAAUGGCGCUCAUAACUAGUGCUUUCCAUAACUGUCUGCCAGCUGCUUUCAAGUUUUGUUUUUAAGUUAGUGCAUUACUCCCUCCGUCCCCCAAUUUGAGUCACUCUUUGACUUGACACGAGUUUUAAGGAAAAGUUUGAAUGUGUGGUGUAAUAAAUGGAGUUAGGUAGUGAAAUGUGUGGCCCCUUUGACUUUUGGUGUAAUGAAGGGUAAUUUUGAUGUCCAAAAAUGGUAAGUGGGAAGAGUGACUCUUAUUGGGGGACGGCCCAAAAUGGAAAAGAGUGACUCAAAUUGGGGGACGGAGGGAGUAUUAGGUAAUAAGAGUAGUUGCAACUUUCCUUUUGUAGAUAAUGUCUCUUGGAUAGAUCAUCACCUCAUGGUGUGUGACAUGGAGAGAUCAGUUACUUUUGAGAAAUCCAGUUUUUGGGACAUUUUAUAUCAUGGAAUGGAAGCACCCCCGGUUGAAAUAAAAUGGUAGCUGUCGUUUAAUGUUACGAGGUUCAAGUAAUAGCCGUGUUUCGAAUUUGAAAAUGUUGAGCUGCUUUCAUCGGCGUAAACAUAGGAACUGCCCUCUCCAACAUGCCAGACCCGACCCAAGUGGUGGCCCUUUUGAAGUCUCAGCAAAUCCGACAUGUAAGGCUUUUUGAUGCCGGCAGAGCAAUGCUACUAGCACUUGCUAAUACCGGUAUACAUGUUACUGUAUCCGUGCCUAAUGAUCAACUUUUAGGCAUCGGGCAGUCUAAUACCACUGCGGCCAAUUGGGUUUCUCGCAAUAUUCUUGCUUAUGUCCCUGCCACUAACAUAACUGCGAUAGCAGUUGGCUCUGAAGUUCUAACCACACUUCCCAAUGCUGCUCCAGUUCUCGUCUCCGCGAUGAGUUUUAUUCAUUCUGCCCUCAUGGCUUCUAAUCUUGGCUCCCGCAUUAAAGUUUCCACUCCACACUCGUCUUCCAUAAUCCUUGACCCGUUCCCACCCUCUCAAGCUUUCUUUAAUCGCUCAUGGGAACCCGUCAUGGUGCCAUUGCUCAAGUUUUUGCAAUCUACAGACUCUUAUCUUAUGCUAAAUGUUUAUCCUUACUACGACUACAUGAAAGCCAAUGGUGCCAUUUCUUUGGACUAUGCUCUAUUCCGGCCACUUCUUCCAACCAAGGAAGCUGUUGAUCUCAACACGCUCCUUCACUACAUCAAUGUCUUUGAUGCUGUUGUUGAUGCAGCGUAUUUUGCAACAUCGAAUCUGAACUUCACUAACAUUCCCGUUGUAGUGACCGAGUCAGGCUGGCCUUCCAAGGGUGACGCUUCCGAGCCAGAUGCCACUGCCGAUAACGCCAACACUUACAAUAGUAACCUCAUCAGGCACAUUCUCAAUAACACGGGAAGCCCAAAACAUCCUGGAAUUGCUGUUAGUACUUAUAUUUAUGAGCUAUACAAUGAGGAUCUUAGGCUGGGACCCAUUUCAGAGAAGAACUGGGGGCUCUUUGAUGGCAAUGGGGUUCCGGUUUAUAUACUGCGCCUGACCGGCUCAGGGACUGUGUUGGCAAACGACACUACGAAUCAAACUUAUUGUGUUGCAAGGGAAGGCGCUGACAGGAAGAUGUUACAGGCAGCAUUGGAUUGGGCAUGUGGGCCAGGCAAAGUUGAUUGCUCUCCUUUAUUGCAGGGGCAGCCAUGCUAUGAACCUGAUACUGUUGCUGCCCAUGCUUCGUAUGCUUUUGAUGUAUACUAUCACCGGAUGGCAAUGGGUGAGGGGACCUGUAACUUUAAUGGCGUAGCUACCAUCACCACAACGGACUCAAGUCAUGGUUCUUGCAUUUUUUCGGGAUGGUACUGAUUCAUCACAACAUAUAAAUUUCUUAGAAAUUUAUCUCUUCAUGCAGUGCUGGAAGAAACAGCACCUUCACAAACACCUCAUCCAUCGCUCCAUCAUCCAAUACCACGGUGUCUGGUGGUCAUUCGCGCUAUUUGUGCAGCAAAGAUUCUUACAGGCACACUCUAGUACUGCUACUUGGUUUUGUG